AAGCCUGUUACGACCUCCUGUCCUAUAGGUGGCGCUGCCGCCAGGUUCAUGUAGGCGUCAGCUGUGCUACAUGUGACAUUGACAUCAACAGAGGCACAAUGAGGCUGACCGCUCUGCUCUCGAUGGCAGCCAGGGUCGUUGUACCCAAAGAUUACCGUUACGGCACCAACAGGCCGUGGACCGUAGCUGCUAAGAGGUUGAAUCCUGCGGGGAAGAGGAGAAGAAAGGUGUUUGUGGAGCCGAUAGCACCAGAGGAGUGGCCUGUGCUCAGAGGGGACACGGUUGAAAUUCUGGCAGGCAAGGACAAAGGAAAGCAGGGAAAAGUGAUCCAAGUCUUCAGACGCAGAAACUGGGUCAUCCUGGAGGGACUGAACACACAUCACCGGUAUAUUGGAAAAACUCCAGACUACCGUGGAACGUACAUUGCCAGUGAGGCUCCCAUCCUGCUCCAUGAUGUUGCCCUUAUUGACCCCUCAGACAGGAAGCCCACUGAAAUAGAGUGGAGGUACACAGAGGAGGGUGAGAGAGUCAGGGUGUCACUUAGGACGGGUCGGAUCGUCCCGAAACCUGUUGUGGAGCGACGAGAUGGCAUUGUGCCACAGCAGUGGAAAGAUGGACCCAAAGACACGAGCACCGAAGAUGCUCUUGAAAAGACCUACGUACCAUCUCUGAAAACCCUGGAGGAGGAGGUCAUGGAGAAACUCGGUAUCCAGGAGAACAGGAGGCACCAAAGGUCGUACUGGUACUGACCAGAGAAAUCAGAGACACUCAGACUCCCCUUUGUGCUGACCAGUUUUCACAGGAACUCUGAACAUGCCUUGUUCUGCUGGGAGUCAAGCUGAAGGUCAGGUCAGACAGAGACUGUGAAGAUGCCAAGUGGAGGCUGUAUAGACUCUAACAUACUGUUGCAACAUACAAAUUAAUAAGAAAAUUGAUUUAUAAACAACAUGAAGAAGUGAAAUCAUAAACUCUGUUUACAAAUGUGUCAUGUGUCGCUUUGUUCCUUCAUAUUGUGAAUAAAUAUCAAACUGGA